GCUCCACCUGAUAUUGAGGAUUUUCCUACUUUUACGACAAAAGUGCUAUCUAAAACGUACCCAAACCAUUAGUAACGUCAUUGUUACCUUAUUGUAUGUGCUUUGGGGCAUAAUAUUUCUAUCUACGAUCCAAAAAGCCUAAAUUUGGACUGAGCAACAGAAUCGCGUCUCGAGAACAAAGGACCCAGACCAAGCCGACCCAAGCCGUCGGACCCAAGCGGACAAAAUGGCGAAAGAAGAUCGCGGCUCCUGCUCUCCUGGCAAGUUAUACGGACUGCUAGGUAUCACGACUGACGCUACUGAAGCUGAGAUUACGGUGGCCUACAAGGAAGCAGUGAAGAAGUAUGACAAAGCCCUGAAUACGACGAAGGACAAGGACAAGCGGCUGCUAACACAGGCCCGCCAGCACUUUUCGGAGGUGAGCAAAGCAUUCUACGUCCUCUCAAACGCAGAUCGUCGACAGCAUUACGACAACUCAAAUGUAAUCGUUGAACCGACUAAGCGAGACAAGAAGGCAAAGCCAACCGAUGACUACUUUGUGCAGUACAAUGAGAAUAGCGUCACUAUACAUAUCCCGGCUGGAUCGCACGAACACUGGGUAGACAACAUCGAAUCUCACUACAACACUUCUACCAACAACAAGGGUAGGCAUGGCAAUCAGCUGACUGUCCCUUUCUUUGAUCAUGAUACCACCAAAGCAGACCCGAUCGGCUCAGUAACCUUACAUGUAUACCAGACAAGCAAGAUACUUGUACAAGGCUCAGCAUGCUUCCUAUGGGUGUUGUAUACCUUUGAAGAACUAAAAAGUCAGCUAUCAAAAUGCCUUGACGACGAAGUUGGAUGCGAAGACAUCAUGUGUCACAAAUGCGACCGUCCAGGGCCAGAAGACAGUGGCGUUAUCCAGUGUAACAACUGCCAGGAAUGGUUCCACUACUCCUGUACCGGCCUACACGAAUUCUUCCUCCGGCAACUGAUCAAAGACGAAGAAAGUGAAUUCACUUGUGCUGAAUGCAUCAUCAAAUAUCCAUGUGAAAAUGCAGGGGUACACCAGGGGCCUGAGGUACACCAG